UCGUUCUACAGAUUCCAUAGCAGAACGUAUGUUUUCUUGCGUCCACUGAGCUCGUCGUGGAGGCAUGUCUGUCCAGUCUAAAUUUAAAUCAGCUUGUGAUCAAGCAAGAAACUUUAAGAAACGGCCUGCAGAUGGAGACGUGCUUGAGUUGUACGGCUUAUACAAACAAGCUACUGUUGGGGAUGUUAAUAAAGCUAAGCCAUCGGACUCUGAAGGUGCUGCAAAAUGGAACGCAUGGAACUCCAAAAAAGGUUUAGCUGCCAAAUACGCAAAAGAGCAGUACAUCGCCAAUGUGAACACUCUGGCACCGAAUCACUCAUAAUUGAUAUGUCAUGGUAACAUGACAAACUAAAGCAGCUUCAGAUUCAAUGCGAUGUUAUUUUUCAAAUAAUGUAUCCCAAAGUAUGAAUAGAAUCUCUCAUAAACGUACA